AUGGCAUCUGCAGCUACGCGUGUUACGCACUGUGAGCUGCGGCCGGUGAAACCGGCGGUUCGGGGAAGAGAACCGGGCGGUCCGCCUCAGGUGACGAUUCCAAGACCGAAAGCGGCGGAGGCAGAAGGGACGAACGCGAACAUCGUGUUGCAGCCGCGUCUGUGUACGCUGAGAUCCUACGGUUCGGAUCGAGUUGGCGUCAUCAAGACUCGCAGGGACGGUGGCGAUGACGUGUUGCCCUUCUUCGCCGCGCUUUCUGACUAUAUCGAGAGCUCUAAGAAGAGCGAAGAUUUUGAGAUCAUCUCUGGUCGUCUAGCAAUGAUGGUGUUUGCAGGAACAGUGGCAAUGGAAGUGGUGACAGGGAACUCUGUGUUCAGAAAGAUGGAUAUUGAAGGAAUCACUGAAGCGGGUGGGGUGUGUUUGGGUGCUGUAACUUGUGCAGCACUCUUCGCAUGGUUCUCCAGUGCACGAAACAGAGUUGGUCGAAUUUUCUCUGUCAGCUGCAACGCAUUCAUCGACUCCGUAAUUGACCAAAUCGUUGAUGGUCUUUUCUAUGAAGGGGACCCUACUGAUUGGCCUGAUCAACCCUGA